AUGGUCGCCAGAAUCUACACCUCGCCGUACCCCCCAAUCUCUGUGGCCUCGGAAUCUCUGUUCACGCACCUCUUCUCCGUGACGGGGCCUAACGAAAUCGGCGGUUAUCCUGCUGCACACCCCGCGUUCAUCGAUGCUGCUACGGGCGCGACGGUUUCGCGCGCAUUGCUCAAACAUCUCGCCCUCUCUCUAGGCUACGCCCUGCGAAAUCACCCUCAGCUCAAGCUGACACGCGGUGAUACGGUGAUGAUAUUCUCGCCCAAUUCACUGGCUUUUCCGAUCGCUCUUUUCGGUGCCAUCUCAGGAGGUCUGCGGUGUACUCUAGCCAACAGUGCCUACACAAGCAGAGAGCUGGAACACCAAUACAAGGACAGUGGCGCGAAAGUUAUUCUUGUCGCUGAAGAUGGCGUACCUGUGGCACGGGAAAUGCUGAAGGACCUGGGGCUGGCGAAGAACGAGGUGGAUCAACGCAUCGUGGUUCUUGGAAAUGGACUCCAGUGGGCUGGGAAUCGUAGUACCAAGACCACCGCUGACCUCGGCCUCUUGACCCUGGACGAACUGUUGACGUUGGGGACGCUUCCAUCUGAAGAACGCUUCGAUGGCGCCGACACCCACGAAACGGUCUUACUGUGCUACUCGUCCGGUACGACGGGCAAACCAAAAGGUGUUAUGACUUCACACCAGAAUAUUACAUCUGUGCUCGAUAUGGUCAAACUCGUCUUUCCUCCUCUCGAUCCAGGGAAAGACGUCAUGUUAGGCGUCCUUCCUUUCUACCAUAUAUACGGCGCCGUUAAGUUACUCAACUUCCCCCUCGCUGCCGGUAUUCCUGUCGUUAUUCAAACCAAAUUUGACCCCGUUGCAUUCUGUGAAAACAUUGCGCGCUAUCGCGUAACUGCUUCAUUGAUUGUUCCACCUAUCCUUGUAGUACUUUCACGGCAUCCAGCGGUUGAAAAGAACGACCUAAGUACACUAAAAAUUCUUUUCUCUGGCGCAGCUCCACUAGGAGCAGCACUUGUCAAAGAUCAAGAGUGUUUUGUCACGCAAGGCUACGGCCUAACGGAAACAAGCCCCACAACACAUCUGCUUUCCACCGCAGACUCUGACAGCAAAGUCGGAAGUAUUGGGCUUCUAUUGCCGAAUCUGGAGGCGCGCCUAGUCGUAGAUGGCGAAGGCGACGGUCUCAUAGACGCGGAGGACGGCCAGCCCGGAGAACUUUGGCUUAGAGGCCCGUCGAUAAUGAAGGGAUACCUUAAUAACAAUGUUGCGACGAAAGAUUGCAUUACUCACGACAAAUGGUUCAAAACUGGUGACAUUGGCAUCAGAGAUAAAGAAGGAUACUAUUAUAUCGUCGAUCGACGGAAGGAGUUGAUUAAAUAUAAGCAGUGUCCUAACCUUCCCGUUCUAAAACAGGUACCGCCCGCCGAACUGGAGAGCGUGUUAUUGACACAUCCAGAUAUCGCUGAUGCAGCCGUCAUCGGCGUGUACGACGAGGGGGAAGCCACAGAGUACCCUAGAGCCUACGUCGUCCCUGCCUCACCUGAAAAGGUGACUACGCCUGACCAGAAGCGCGCAUUCGGUAGUGAUGUUGCGAAUUGGAUAAAGACCAAGGUCGCACAGCAUAAAUUCCUUCGCGGUGGUGUUAUCGUUAUAGACGUGAUACCCAAGAGUGCUGCUGGUAAGAUCCUCAGAAGGGAACUUCGUGAACUUGCAAAGGUGGAAAUGGAGAACCAACCUCGCAAGGCGAAGCUGUAG